CGGCUGCGAGCGCGCGGGCCGCCGCCGGAGAUGCUGCAGGUGCGGCCCGGGCUGUACCUGGGCGGCGCCGCGGCCGUGGCGGAGCCGGGCCGCCUGCGGCGGGCGGGCAUCACGGCCGUGCUCACGGUGGACUCGGAGGAGCCCGACUUCCAGGUCGAGGGCCUGCGGAGGCUCUUCGUGCCCGCGCUGGACAAGCCCGAGACCGACCUGCUGAGCCACCUGGACCAGUGCGUGGCCUUCGUGGGCCAGGCCCGCGCCGAGGGCCGCGCGGUGCUGGUGCACUGGUCUCUUUUUAGUCAUGCAGGAGUCAGUCGAAGUGUGGCUGUAAUGACUGCUUUUAUCAUGAAGACUGACCAACUUACCUUUGAAAAAGCCUAUGAGAACCUGCAGACUAUCAAUCCAGAGGCUAAGAUGAAUGAGGGGUUUGAGUGGCAACUGAAAUUAUACCAGGCCAUGGGGUGUGAAGUAGAUACCUCUAGCGCAGCUUAUAAGCAGUAUCGUUUGCAGAAGCUUACCGAGAAGUAUCCCGAACUGCAGAACAUACCUCGAGAGCUCUUGGCUGCUGACCCAACCACCGUUUCACAAGGAUUGAAAGAUGAAGUUCUCUACAAAUGUAGAAAAUGCAGCUUCUUUGCCCCAAAUGCAGUGCCAAGUUGGGUUCUUUCAAUUGGUAUGGUGAGCAGUGCUCCUGUGGUAGGUGGAUUACACCUGCUUUUCAAAUCCAUAAGAACAGAGUGGAUGAGAUGAGAAUGCUGCCAGUUUGGGACCACAAACAAGAAAAAUAGGAACUAGUGGAACUUGUGACCUUUGACAGCUUGGAAAGAAACUUACCGAUGAUCCCUUAGCUCCUUGUCAUUCAUGGUAGAGUGUCUAGUUUUUAGACCAUCAGCAUUUCAUUUGCAAUGUGAGAAGAUACAGUCACUUGACGGGACUGGGAAACUGUAGUUGGACUUUGUAAUCAUGUAAAUUAUACUUUAUUUGAUAUAAAUCUUCUAUAACCCAGAUACUUUCUUUGUUUCAUAUAUUUUAUAGAGUUCUGAUUUUUGGAAUGUUAGUUAUGUGAUCAUAAGGUCUGGAUGGACAAAAGUUAUGUACAAAAAUUGGAAACUAUCAUGUUUAAAUAGGUACUUCUAUCUUUAGAAAUGUAAAGCAGACUUGUUGGAACAUAUUUUGAUGUUUGUUUCUCUUUCUUGCUUCUAAGAAACAUUAGUUAAUCUGCAUGUACCUGGAUCUCUCUUGGAAAUGUGGAAACAAAGGCCAUUCGGAAAACAGUGACUAAAAUGUGGUUUUCCUAUUACUGUUCAGGAAUCCCAGUUACCUAAAUUUUUAGAAAAGAGUAUUUAAGAUACCGUUUCAAAUAAUCCACGUGAAGAAAUAUAUUAAUGUGAGGUUGUUUCCAAUGAUAAAGAAAUGUGGAGUAACCACAUGCAACUGCCUCUUAAGCCUGCUAUGUUAGAGUGCUGGGAAAGGUAAUAUGUCCAGAUUAGCUUGCUUAACACCAUCUCUGGAAACUGGAAUUUAUUUUACUUGAUACUAAUGGUUAGAAUUGGGCCUAAUUAGAUAUCUGAACACUUACAUGGAAUCAGCAUUAGGCAAUAAACGGGAAUAUUUUAAGACA